AUGUUUAAUAAGCAAGUACUAAAUUUUGGCAAGUGUGAAUAUAUAAGAACUACAAGCCUACCAACUUUAAAAUAUAAUCAAUUUUUGAAUUCAAGUGACGAAAUAAAUGCUUCAUCACAUAUUUCGGAUAAUUUCUUAGAUGUAAAGAUAAGAGAUGAAAUCAAGAUGAAUUUGGACAAGGGAAGUAAUGAUACUAUUUGCAGAAUUGAAGAUAAUAAUUUUUUAAAACCAAUAUCUGAAGAUAGAAAAUUUAGAUUUAUUAAAUUAAAGAAUAAUAUUGAAUGUUUUUUAAUUUCAGAUAGUCAAUCUCAAGAAUCAGCUGCAGCUUUAAGUGUUGGGAUAGGAAGU